UUUGAUGUUUGUUCUGAGUGUUUAAUUAUAGAAGGCUGGAAAAUUGAUCAAUGCUAUUUGACACCACGACUGGUUCCCUUUCAGUAUAGUAUUACAUUAACAUAUAAGCAGAAACCAUAUUUAAUGUGAGAUUUUUAAUAGUUCUUGAUAUAAUUCCUAGACAUGGUUUUUCACAGCAUUGGCUAGAAAGCCUGAGCAGACUGUUACAGCUGAGAGCGGAACUGUUGUAGAAUGUCAUGUUGUGAAUUGGAGGUCAAAUCGCUCACCCCUAGUAAAUCAGCACCUUCCUAAGCAAAACAACAGCCUUGUAGUUUAGCUUUGAAAGUGCAGAGGGCAAGGAGAAACCUGUAUGGGCGUCAUUUAAGUCUGUUUCCAAAACACUGCCUUUUUCCAUUUUCUUCUGACUCCUCUCAAUCUUCCUGAAUCUGUUGAUGACAGUACAGUUUUGCAUAUAAGUGUUAGCCCACUCUGUUGUUCUUUCUGACCAGUAUACUUUUGGCACUUAUAACAGAAAUUCUAACACAUUUAUAGUGUCUUUACGAAUAUUGCUAGGAUCUGGACCAGGAGAUGCUGCCUCAGAGAUGUCAACUCAUGAGGAGUAAUGAUGAGAAUGGGAACUGUUCUGGGGGCAGUAUGGAGUUUCCCACCACUAACCUGUAUGAGCUUGAGAGCAGGGUGUUCACUGACCACUGGUCAAUCCCUUACAAGAGAGAGGAGUCACUCGGCAAGUGCCUCAUCGCCUCCACCAGCCUCGCCCGACUCGGCCUGGCUGAUGCAGAUGAGAACUGUAAGAGGUUCAUGGACCGAUGCAUGCCUGAGGCCUUCAAAAAGUUGUUGACGUCAAGUGCAGUGCAUAAGUGGGGGACAGAGAUUCAUGAGGGCAUCUACAACAUGUUGAUGCUGCUGGUGGAGCUGGUGGCAGAGAGAGUCAAACAGGACCCUAUUCCUAUUGGCCUCAUGGGAGUAUUGACUAUGGCGUUUAACCCUGAUAAUGAGUAUCACUUUAAGAACCGUAUGAAGGCGAGCCAAAGGAACUGGGCCGAGGUGUUUGGGGAAGACAGCAUGUUUGCCGUCUCUCCCAGCUCCAGCUACCAGAAGGAGCCUCAUGGCUGGCUGGUAGACCUUGUGAAUCGGUUUGGAGAGAUGGGUGGCUUCACAGCCAUUCAGAGCAAGCUGAACCAGGAGGAGAUGGAGAUUGGGUGUGUGUCUGCACUGGUGCAGCCGCUUGGUGUGUGUGCAGAGUACCUCAACUCCAGCCUGGUCCAGCCCAUGCUGGACCCGGUCAUCCACAAGAUGAUCACGUAUGUGCAGAAUCUUGAAGAGAAAGACUUGAAGGACAAGAGGUUAGUGAGCAUUCCAGACCUACUGUCCGCUAUUAAGCUGCUCUGCAUGAGGUUCCAGCAGGAGCUGGUGAACGUGGUGGACGACCUCAGGCUGGACAUCCUCCUGCGGAUGCUCAAGACCCCUCACUUUAGCGCCAAGAUGAACUCCCUCAAAGAGGUGACAAAGUUGAUAGAGGAGAGCACAGUCUCCAAGACAGUGAAGAAUGCUAUAGACACUGACAGGCUGCUGGACUGGCUGGUGGAAAACUCAGUCCUCUCGAUAGCACUGGAAGGGAAUAUUGACCAGGCGCAGUACUGUGAUAGGAUAAAGGGAAUCAUUGAGCUGUUGGGCAGUAAACUCUCACUGGACGAACUCUCCAAAAUUUGGAGAAUACAAUCUGGCCAGUCGUCAACAGUCAUAGAGAACAUACACACCAUCAUCGCCGCCGCGGCUGUCAAGUUCAAUUUUGAGCAGCUUAGCCACCUCUUUGUCCUCAUACAGAAAAGCUGGGAGGUUGAAAGUGAUCGAGUCAGACAGAAGCUAUUGAGUCUUAUCGGGAGGAUUGGUAGAGAGGCUCGCUCAGAAGCAACAACAGGAAAGGUGUUGGAGGUGCUGUGGGACUUGGCCCAUCUCCCCACUCUCCCCACCACUCUGGUCCAGCAGGCUCUGGAAGAGCACCUGACCAUCCUGAGCGAUGCCUACGCUGUCAAGGAAACUGUCAAGAGAAACUACAUAAUUAAGUGCAUUGAGGACAUUAAGAAGAUACAAAUACAGGAGGAAUCAAAGUCUACCAGCGAGACACAGGUCUCUUUUUUUACUGGCUCCUGGGGAAGGAAGAAACCAAGCUCAUGGGCUAAAUCAUCCCAGCUGAGUAACCCUCAAGCAGUAUGGGUUGUUCCUGCCCUACGACAGCUCCAUGAAAUCACUCGUUCCUUCAUCAAACAGACCUACCAGAAACAAGACAAGAGCAUAAUCCAGGACCUGAAGAAGAACUUUGAGAUAGUGAAGCUAAUCACAGGUUCUCUAGUGUCAUGUCAUCGUCUAGCUGUAUCAGUUGCUGGCUCCAAUGGCCUGUCUGGGUCCACUCUGGUAGAUGGCCGAUACUCUUAUCAAGAGUAUUUGGAAGGGCAUCUGAAGUUUUUAGCGUUCUUUCUACAAGAGGCCAGUCUGUACUUGGUGUGGAACAGAGCUAAAGAGAUCUGGGAGUGCCUGGUGUCUGGCAUGGAUGUAUGCGAGCUGGACAGAGAGAUGUGUUUUGAGUGGUUCACUAAAGGGCAGCAUGAUCUCGAGAGUGAUGUUCAGCAGCAGCUCUUCAAAGAGAAGAUCCUCAAACUUGAGCCUUAUGAGAUUACAAUGAACGGGUUUAAUCUUUUUAAGACUUUCUUUGAGAAUGUGAAUCUCUGUGACCAUCGUCUCAAACGGCAGGGAACUCAACUGUGUGUGGAGCGCUUGGACCUAAUUGGGAUGGACUUCAUAUGGAGAAUCGCCAUGGAGUCGCCUGAUGAGGACAUCGCCAACGAGGCCAUUCAGCUUAUCAUCACCUACAGUUACAUAAACCUCAACCCCAAAAUGAAGAAGGACUCAGUGUCUUUACAUAAGAAGUUCAUAGCUGAUUGUUAUAAGAGGUUGGAGGCUGCCAGCUCGGCCUUGGGUGGCCCAACCUUGACACAUGCUGUUACUCGAGCAACCAAGAUGCUGACGGCCACUGCCAUGCCUACAGUUGCCACAUCAGUGCAAUCACCUUCCAGGUCUACAAAGUUGGUGAUCAUUGAGAGGCUCCUGUUAUUGGCAGAGCGAUAUGUUAUUACUAUUGAGGAUCUGUACUCUGUUCCUCGGACCAUUCUACCUCAUGGAGCUUCUUUCAAUGGCCACCCUAUGACGCUACACAUAACCUACGAAUCUACCAAAGACACUUUUACCCUGGAGGCUCACAGCAACGAGACGAUUGGAAGUAUCAGAUGGAAGAUUGCAGAGCAACUCAGCUGUCCAGUGGACAAUGUGCAGAUAUUUGCCAACGACAGCAUGCUGACGAUGAACCGGGAUCAGAAGCUGUUGAACCAACUGGGUUUCUCUGAUGAACAGAGUCUGACAGUGAAGAGUUCAGGGACAGGCACUCCUUCUGGCAGUUCUGCAGACAGCUCUGCCUCGGCCAGCUCCAGCAGCAGUGGAGUCUUCAACUCCGCAUAUGCACUGGAACAGGAGAAGUCUCUGCCCGGUGUGGUGAUGGCAUUAGUGUGUAACGUGUUUGAAAUGUUGUAUCAAUUGGCCAACCUGGAGGAGCCAAGGAUAACACUGCGCGUUAGGAAGUUGUUGCUUCUCAUCCCGACUGAUCCAGAGGUGCAGGACGCCCUGGAUAACUUUGUGCCAAAGGAGUCCAGCGUCUGGAGCCACCAGAAAACUCUGUUCACUUUGGGUUCUGGCUCUCAGGCCUCAAAGUCCCCAUCACUGUCCAGCAAACAGCAGCAUCAGCAGAGUGCAGCAUCCAUCCUGGAGUCAUUGUUCCGCUCCUCUGCCCCGGGCAUGUCCACCUUCAGAGUGCUCUACAAUCUAGAGGUGUUGAGCUCCAAAUUGAUGCCCACUUCUGAUGACGAGAUGGCAAAGACCAGCGUCAAGUCUUUCUGUGAAAACUUCCUCAAAGCUGGAGGCCUCAGUCUGGUAGUUAACGUUAUGCAGAGAGACUCCAUCCCCUCUGAGGUGGACUAUGAGACCAGACAGGGUGUCUACUCCAUCUGUCUGCAACUUGCCAGGUUUUUGCUGGUAGGACAGACUAUGCCAAGCAUCCUGGAUGAGGAGCUGAGUAAGGAGGGUCUGGACACUCUGUCCUCGCGACCCUUCCGUAAUGCGGGCAGGCAGAGUGGACGGCAGCUGUCCCUCUGUGGAACCCCAGAGAAAUCCUCCUACAGGCAGAUGUCUAUGUCUGACAGGUCCUCCAUUAGAGUGGAAGAGAUCAUACCGGCAGCACGAGUUGCCAUUCAGACAAUGGAGGUGGGGGACUUCACUUCCACAGUGGCCUGCUUUAUGCGGCUCACCUGGGCUGCUGCCGCCGGCCGAUUGGACCUUGUGGGAAGCAGUCAGCCAAUCAGAGAGAGCACUAAUUCACUGCUGCCUCUGGGUGUCCGCAGCCGAGUCAGCAGCACAGGCAGUAACUGCAGCUCCAGCAGUGAGGGAGAGGCCACCACUCUUCAGGCUGGUAUCUGUGUCAAACAGCAGUGUGUGUCCAUUAAAGACACCAUCAUCGCCCGAGAAGCGCUCUCUCUUCUGGUCACCUGCCUGCAGCUCCGCUGCCAGCAGCUCUCGUCUUUUUAUAAUCUGCCCUGUGUGAACGAUUUCAUUAUCGACAUCCUACUGGGAUCACCCAGUGCAGAGAUCCGGCGGGUGGCCUGUGAUCAGCUGUACACUCUGAGUCAGAGUGAUACGUCGGCGUACCCAGAGCUGCAGAAGCCCAACCUCUUUCUGCUGAAGGUGGUGCUGACCGCCCAGCUCCCUCUGUGGUCUCCUACCAGCGUCAUGAGGGGCAUCAACCAGAGGUUGCUUUCGCAGUGCACAGAGUAUUUUGACCUGCGAUGCCAACUCCUGGAUGACCUGACCAGCACAGAGAUGGAGCAGCUGCAGAUCAGCCCAGCAGUCAUGUUGGAGGAUGAGAUCAGUUGGCUGGAUAACUUUGAGCCCACGUGGACCAGCGAGUUGGAGACCAGCGAGGCCGACAAUAUACUGCAGGCCGGCCAUCUGCGCCUCAUUAAAACUCUGCUCUCCCUUUGUGGCAACGAGAAGGAGCAGUUUGGACCCUCUCUUAUCCAGCAGCUGCUGGAUGACUUCCUGUUUCGAGCAUCACGCAUUAUCCUGAACAGCAAUAACCCUUCCAGCACUACAGCUCCUCUCCACGACUUCCACCCAAAGUGCAGUACAGUGAGCAGUCGGUUGGCAGCUUAUGAGGUGUUGGUGAUGCUGGCUGAUAGCUCUCUCACCAACCUGCAGCUCAUCACUCGAGAGCUGCUAUCUAUGCACCACCAGUCCGACCCCUCCCUCACUAAGGAAUUUGAUUACCUUCCUCCAGUGGACAGCCGCUCUGUGUCAGGGUUUGUGGGACUGAAGAAUGGAGGAGCGACUUGCUACAUGAAUGCUGUUUUCCAACAACUCUACAUGCAGCCUGGCUUACCUGAGUCUAUCCUGUCUAUAGAAGAUGACACAGAGAACCCGGAGGAGAGUGUUUUCUGUCAGGUGCAGUCUCUAUUUGGCCACCUGAUGGAGAGCAAGCUGCAGUACUAUGUACCUGAGAACUUCUGGAAGAUCUUUAAGAUGUGGAAUAAGGAACUGUAUGUGCGAGAGCAGCAGGAUGCCUAUGAGUUUUUCACCAGCCUGGUGGACCAGCUAGAUGAGCAUCUAAAGAAAAUCGGAAGAGAGCAGAUCUUUAAGAACACAUUCCAGGGCAUUUUCUCUGACCAGAAGAUAUGCAAAGACUGUCCACACAGGUAUGAGCGUGAAGAAACCUUCAUGGCACUGAACCUAGGGGUGACGUCGUGUCAGAGUCUGGAGAUUUCUCUGGAUCAGUUUGUCAGAGGAGAGGUGCUAGAAGGCAGCAAUGCCUACUACUGUGAGAAAUGCAAAGAGAAGAGGACCACAGUGAAGCGCACGUGUAUUAAAUCAUUGCCCAGUGUGUUGGUUAUCCAUCUCAUGCGCUUUGGCUUUGAUUGGGAGAGUGGACGCUCCAUCAAAUACGAUGAACAGAUCAGGUUCCCAUGGGUGCUGAACAUGGAGCCGUACACAGUGUCCGGCAUGGCUCGGCAGGACUCCAGUGCUGACCAUGGUGAGAACGGCAGGGGCGGAGAGGCUGGGCCUGGAGGAUCUCCUCGUAAGAAAGUCACAAUCUCUGAAAACUAUGAGCUGGUGGGAGUGGUGGUCCACAGUGGCCAGGCACACGCAGGGCACUACUACUCCUUCAUCAAAGACCGCAGGGGCAGUUCGCGAGGCCGGUGGUAUAAGUUUAAUGAUAACGUUGUGGAGGAGUUUGACAUGAACGACGAGACUCUAGAGUAUGAAUGCUUUGGAGGAGAAUACAGACCCAAAGUUUAUGAUCAGUCUAACCCCUAUCCGGAUGUGCGGAGACGCUACUGGAACGCCUACAUGCUCUUCUACCAGCGCAUCAGUGACCAAAAUUCGCCUGUGCUACCCAAAAAGAGCCGUGUCAGCGUCAUGAGGCAGGAAGCCGAGGACCUGUCUCUGUCAGCCCCUUCCUCCCCUGAGAUCUCUCCACAGUCAUCCCCACGGCCUCCGAGGGCCAACAACGAUCGGCUCACCCUGCUUACCCGCCUGGUUAGGAAAGGAGAGAAAAAGGGCUUGUUUGUGGAGAAGAUGCCUGCCAGGAUCUACCAGAUGGUGAGGGAUGAGAACCUGAAGUUCAUGAAGAACAGAGAUGUGUACAACAGUGAUUACUUUAACUUCACCCUGUCCCUGGCCUCUGUCAAUGCGACGAAGCUGAAGCAUCCAUCCUAUCAGGCCAUGGCAAAGACCAGCCUGCAGCUGGCUGUGCAGUUUCUCUUCCACACCUACCUGCGCACCAAGAAGAAGCUCAGGGUAGACACAGAGGAGUGGAUAGCCACAGUUGAGAUGCUGUUGUCUAAGAGCAGUGAGGCAUGUCAGUGGAUGGUCCAGUACCUGGUGGUCACUGAGGGUCGGGAGAUCAUCAAAAAUUGCCUGUUGGAAUGCAGUGUUCGAGAGGUGCGUGUGGUGGUGGCAUCCAUCUUGGAGAAGACUCUGGAGAGUGCACUGUAUUUCCAGGACUCUGGGCUAGACUGCCUCCUGGACAUGCUGCUCUCACUGCUGGACAAGGAUGUGCCAGAAAACUGCAAGAAUUGUUCACAGUACUUCAGCCUGUUCAGCAGCUUUGCACAAAGGGGAUUUGGGCCUUGUCAGUUGUUGUUGAAACAUGCUGCUUAUCGACGGAUGCUCAUCUUCCUCUUGGGUCCUAACCGACAGAAUAAUCAGAAUCGUCGGUGGAGUUCAGCUCAGGCACGAGAGUUUUUGCACCUGCAUAACACGCUGGCUCUGGUGGUGUUACACACAGACCUCACAUCUCAGAGGACAGAGGCUCCUGGCAUGUUCAAACACAGCUCCUCUGGCCUUGUGGCUCCAUCCUCACCUCUUUUGCCACUACACCCAGAUGUCAACACGCUGCUCUUUAAACCUGAGGGACAGCCUUACCUUAUGGAGGUAAUGCUUGCCAUGCGUGAGCUGUCCGGGCCUUUGUCCUUCCUUAUAGAGAUGGUGACAUACUGCUGCUUCUGUAACGAGCCCUUCUCUCUGGGAGUGCUGCAUCUGCUCAAGAAUCAGCUGGAGACGGCUCCUCCUCAUGAGCUAAAGAACGUCUUCCAAAUGCUUCUGGAGAUUCUGAUGGUAGAGGAUCCUCUACAGUCCCAAAGACUGAAAUAUGCAUUUGAGUCAGAGAAAGGGCUUCUGGCUUUGAUGCAUCAGAGCAACAACGUGGACAGCAGCCGCUGCUACCAGUGUGUGAAGUUCCUGGUCACUCUGGCUCAGAAGUGUGCUCCUGCUAAAGACUACUUCAAAGAGCUCUCAGGCCACUGGAGCUGGGCAGUGCAGUGGCUGCAGAAAAAGAUGUCUGAGCAUUACUGGACGCCUCAGAGCAACGUGUCCAAUGAGACGUCCACGGCUAAGACCUUCCAGCGAACCAUCUCAGCACAGGACACACUGGCCUAUGCUACAGCUCUAUUGAAUGAGAAGGAGCAGUCUGGGAGCAGUAAUGGCUCUGACGGCAGCCCAGCCAAUGAGAACUCUGACCGCAGCCUCAGACAGGGCUCAGAGUCUCCUAUGAUGUUGGGUGACUCGAAGAGUGAUUUAGAAGAUGUUGACCCCUAACUCUCUUCAUCAGCAGCAGGGGCACUUUUUUACACUAGCAAAAAAAAUCCCUCCAAUGGAGAGACAUUGUGGCUCCAAGCAGCCAAUCAAAAGACUGCAUUUGCCCUCCUAUGGGCAGGAAACGGAUCUCCGGGAAACACAAGGCAGCAACGCAUCCAGUCAGAAUGCUGAGUCCCAUACUGCAAGCGGGGCUCAGUAGAACGUGGAGGAGGUUUUUUUUUCUUAAAACUUUUCACACAGAACUACACGAUUCAGUGGUGCCGAGGGAGGGGUGGGAGUUUUAAAACAAAGGAAAAAAUGAAGUGCUGUUUUGUGGAUAUUUGCCAAUAUAAUGAGAGAGAUACUAUUCAUGAAAACUUAAAGCUGUGUUCAAUAGGUGUAAUUUCAAAUGUACAGUAAUAUUUUUAAGAAUCCUAUAC